ACCCCAAAGGCAUUAAAAUGUUGAAAAAGGUAUUCUCUGCGGCGUCAUUGCUGACAAGUUGCAGAAGCUCACUCCUUUGGAAGAGGCUGUAUUCUUCGAGUCUUCCGAAGCUUCUAGUGGUUCAGCCGCGCGUUCGGUCCCAGAAGCUGUUGCAGGCAAAGCUCAACGAAGCUCUCUGUCUCGCUAACUCACUCGAAGACCAGCGCGAUGGCUAUUUCCACACCGAUUUCUUCGACAAGCCGCUCCCCCCUCACCUCCUCGUCCAGUGCCGCACCCCGCGCGCCGACACCUACUUCGGCCAAGGGACCGUCGACAACGUCAAGUGCCACAUCGCUGCCGCCGAAUCCAAGGGUGACGUGGAUGCGGUUUUUGUGAAUGCCAUACUGUCUGGGAUUCAGCAACGGAACCUCGAGAGGGCUUGGGGGAAACCUGUGCUGGACCGUGUGGGACUUAUAAUUGAGAUCUUCAAUGCUCAUGCCUUCACCAAGGAAGCAAAACUCCAGGCUGAGCUCGCAGCUCUAUCCUACAAGAAGACUAGACUUGUUCGGGUUCGAGGCCCUGGUGGUCGCUAUACAUUUGGGGCUUCUGGAGAAGCUGAAGUUGUUAGUGCCCGAGGGAGAGGAAGUGGGGGGCAAGGUUUUAUGAGUGGUGCUGGAGAAACUGAACUUCAGCUUCAGCGACGAAGAAUCCUAGAGAGGAGAAAUUAUCUAUUAUCUCAAAUUGAAGAGGUUCGCCGCACCCGGGCUUUGCAACGUGCUGGUCGCAAGAGGCGUGGAGGUUCAUCCGGACAGGGCUUAGCCACUGUUGCUAUUGUUGGGUACACAAAUGCUGGAAAAUCUACAUUAGUUAGUAGGCUAUCGGACAGUGAUCUGUAUAGCGAUUGUCGACUGUUUGCAACAGUUGAUCCUAGAGUAAGAAGUGCUGUUCUUCCUUCAGGGAAGAAAGUGCUUUUAAGCGACACAGUGGGAUUCAUAUCUGACUUGCCUAUACAGUUGGUGGAAGCAUUUCAUGCAACUCUAGAAGAAGUGGUGGAAGCAGACCUCCUUGUGCAUGUGGUGGAUUCAACUGCUCCCAAUCUGAAUGAGCAUCGCUCAACAGUGUUGCAAGUUCUUAAACAAAUAGGGGUGUCAGAAGAGAAGCUUCAGAAUAUGAUUGAAGUUUGGAAUAAGAUUGAUAUGGAAGAAGAAUGCAUGGACAAUGAUGAAUAUCUUGAGGAUGAAGAUGGAGAUGAUGCUGGCAGUAUUUCUGGCCUAGAAAAUGAAGGCAUCAAGGAGAUUGACAAUCACAAUGACAGUGGGGUCAUGCAAGAAAAAGAAGACUAUUCUGAUGGUUGGUUAUACAUGGAUGAUACUGUUGAUGAAGGUGAGUUUUGUUCACCUUCAAUUGUGACUGGCCAAAAAAAAGAGGCUUUUAAAAAGGACAAUGAUGUGGAAAAAGAUGGUAUGAUUGGACAAUCUGGUCCACAUUUGAAAGCAUCUGCUAUCACAGGAGUUGGGUUGCAAGAGUUAAUGAAAUUGAUAGAUGAGAAACUUAGUGUUCAGAAUAAGAAGGGUGCACAAGUGGUUGAAAGAAGUUCCUUUGAUCGAAAAUGGAGGCCCUCUCACAAUCAAGAGUCUGGCAUAGUAGUUGAGCAGUAGAUGAGAAUGACACAGUUUCUUUACUUGUUUUCUUCUAUGUGAAAGUUUGAUUACAAUAAAAAAUUAGCUGGACCAGAGAUGCUUGUUGUUAAGCUUUUCCCACACUUUGAUGGAGCAAUUAUGUGCUGAUGGGGACAAAACAUGGCCUCUAUAGCCAGAUGAAGUGUUUCAAAGCUGCUCAAGUUCUGUCUAAACUUUAGGGCUUUGUUUAGUUUAUGAAAGAUAAAGGAAAGAAAAGAGAAGGGAAAGUUAGUUGAAAAUGAGAUCAUCUGUUGUUUGAUAAAAGGUAAGAGAAGAAAAAAAAAAA